AUGAACCGGCUCAGGCGCCUGAUUGUGCACUCCAAGACGCCAGAUAUUGGCGAGAGCAGCGGCGGUCCUUUCGAGUACACAUCGCUCAGAGACGCAUCCAACUUCCGGAUCCUUCGCCUGCAAAACAGAUUUAGAGAUGCCAACGGGGACCACAACCAAAUCAAGCUGCGUGGGUCCCUUAUUGAAGCCUCUAUUCACAACCCCCCGGAGUAUUUUGCGCUAUCAUAUUGCUGGGGCGACUCGACACUUUCCGAGGAAAUUAUCAUCGACGGCCAGCCGCUUAAAAUUACAGCCAACUGCGCCUCUGCGCUGCGUCGCAUGCUGCGUGGCAAGCUUGGAAGGCAUAUCUGGGUUGACUCAAUCUGUAUCAACCAGUCUGACACUCCCGACGCACUCAAGGAGCGGGGCUCGCAGGUAGCCAUGAUGGAUCAGAUUUAUAAGAGCGCUACCCAGGUAAAUGUGCACUUGGGCGAGGGCGAUGCAGACUCCGAUGCAGCUUGCAUAUCUCUGAAAAGUCUAUCGCUGGCUAUGAUUGGAGCAAGUGUCGGGGAGGUAUUCAGAAAGAAGUACGACAGGCUGGCUGAUGAUGCGCUGAUGGCGACUCCUGAAUUUCCAUAUGGGAAAUUACACGGCGUCUUUCGCCUGCCGUGGUUCAAGCGCACUUGGGUGGUGCAAGAGGUUGCGCUCGCAAAACAGGUCAUGUUCUACUGUGGCACUCACCUCAUACGAUUUGAGCUGAUUGUGCUGGGCGCCGACUUCACCAAGAUUCCCUACUCGAAACUCGACGUGAACCCUUUGGCGAGGCACUGGCGAUCAUAUCUCGAAUUUCAUAGCCGCGUCAAGGAAUUGAUCAGCUGGAGGGAAGAGCAUGACCCUGCAGAGAAACUCACUUCCCUUCUAAGCCUGCUGGUGGUACCAGGCAUGAUCCUUGAGGCUACGAGGCCAGAGGACAAGGUCUUCGGGAUGUACGGUAUAUGCAAGAGGCUCGGCUACGAGUUGCCAGCACCAGACUACCAAAAGUCGCUAGCCGUUGUCUACACUGAAGCAGCCAAGGCUAUUCUGCAUUACGACCAAAGUCUCGAACUCUUGUCGGUGGCUACAGAAACUUCUGCCUGGGCCGAUGGGCUCCCGUCAUGGGUACCCAACUUCUCGGGCUGCAUGAGUAAAUGGUCCCCGUCGAGCCCACCUACAAUGUGUUCUGUGGGAGCUAGGGAAAGUUUGAAAACCUCGGACUCGAACCAGUGUCAAUACCGUCUUGGGCCAGGUGAUAUGGGACUCACGGUGAGAGGCCGCCGCCUUGACACGAUAUACGCUGUUGGAAAGCCUUGGAAGACUGACUCCUACACCUCCCUUCUUGGCGGCUCAGACACAAAUACAAUGCAGUACGCUGACAGCCUCAUCGAUUGUAUCAGCAGCUGGCUUGCGGUUCUCCAGGACCUUCCCAAUUGUUCCAGCCGCGAGGCAGCUAUAGAGUACAUGACGCGGGUUCUGUCAAAUAAUCUCUCGGACAAAUAUCCCCCAGUGCCAUUUGAAGAUAUGGUACAGUAUCUAGCUGUCCUGGUUUCCAUGUCUGCAUCGGGAAACCGCACGCGCUUUACUACAUUAGCAAGCCUGCCCAACGGCUCUCUCAGCCGUCAGCAGGAAGAGUUCCUUGGUCUCAUGGCGGGAUGCAACCUUGCCAUUACGCGAAUCUUCGGCUCGAUCUGGCAGACCAUGUUUCGGACGGAGAGCGGUUACGUGGGCAUGGGGACACACACUCUGACCGGUGGUGACAUAGUGGUCUUGUUCGAAGGCUGCGCUAUUGCAGGGGUUAUCCGGCGGUUCCCUGGUGGUUUUAGAUAUGUUGGUCCUGCUUAUGUGGAUGGUAUAAUGGACAAGGAGUUCGGGAAUCCAGGAUCGGAUGCAGACGGCGAGUGGUUUGUUUUAGUCUGA